AUGGAAUCAAUCUCGAUGAUGGGAAGUCCUAAGAACCUCAAUGAAACUUUUCUACCAAACGUGGCCAAUGGCAUCAAGGAUGUCAGUAAGAUCACAAUAGGCAUCAUCGGAAGUGGAGACUUUGCUAAAUCAUUGACAAUUAGGCUUAUCAGAUGCGGGUACCACGUGGUCGUAGGAAGCAGAAACCCUAAACUUGCUGCCGAGUUCUUUCCCCAUGUGGUUGAUGUCACUCACCAUGAAGAUGCAGUAGCAAAAACAAAUAUCAUUUUUGUAGCCAUACACAGAGAACAUUAUGCCUCUUUGUGGGACCUCAAGCAUUUACUCGCUGGUAAAAUUCUGAUUGAUGUCAGCAAUAAUACAAGAGUAGACCAAUAUCCAGACUCCAAUGCAGAGUAUUUGGCAUCACUUUUCCCAGAUUCCCUGAUUGUCAAAGGAUUCAAUGUCGUUUCAGCUUGGUCACUGCAGUUAGGACCAAAAGAUGCCAGCAGACAGGUCUAUAUAUGCAGUAACAAUGUUCAGGCUCGCCAUCAAGUUAUUGAGCUUGCCCGUCAGCUCAGUUUUACUCCUAUUGAUCUGGGGGCAUUGUCAUCUUCAAGGGAGAUUGAAAACUUACCUCUGCGACUGUUCACACUGUGGAAGGGGCCUGUAGUGAUUGCCAUUAGCCUGGCAACGUUUUUCUUCAUCUAUUCUUUCAUCAGAGAUGUAAUCCAUCCAUACGUGAGAAAUCAGCAGAGUGACUUUUACAAGAUCCCCAUUGAGAUCGUGAACAAGACUCUACCAAUUGUUGCUAUCACUUUACUUUCUCUAGUGUAUUUAUCAGGCCUUAUUGCAGCUGCUUAUCAGCUUUACUACGGUACUAAGUAUAGGCGAUUUCCACCCUGGCUGGAUAACUGGCUCCAGUGCCGAAAGCAGCUUGGCUUGCUCAGUUUUUUCUUCGCAACAGUGCAUGUGGCAUACAGCCUCUGCUUACCUAUGAGGAGAUCGGAGCGAUACUUGUUCCUCAAUAUGGCAUAUCAACAGGUUCACGCAAAUGUUGAAAAUUCUUGGAAUGAGGAAGAAGUGUGGCGAAUUGAAAUGUAUGUCUCCUUUGGAAUAAUGAGUCUUGGAUUGCUUGCGUUGCUGGCAGUAACUUCCAUCCCUUCAGUAAACAGUGCCUUAAACUGGAGGGAGUUCAGUUUUAUUCAGUCUACACUUGGAUAUGUUGCUCUGCUCAUAAGUACUUUCCAUGUACUGAUUUACGGAUGGAAAAGAGCUUUUGAAGAAGAGUAUUACAGAUUUUAUACACCACCAAAUUUUGUUCUUGCCCUUGUUCUGCCUUCUGUUGUAAUUCUAGGUAAGAUCAUUUUACUUUUGCCAUGUGUAAGUAGGAAACUGAGGAGAAUUCGAAGAGGAUGGGAGAAAAGCCAUGUUAUAGAAGAAGCAAGUGGGUCUGUUCCACAUCUCUCCCCAGAAAGGAUAACUGUGAUGUGAUAAGAGACUAAUAU